AUGUCUCGACCAACUAAGUGGGGAGGUACGAAAUGCCGAACUGUACAAUUCGGAACAGAGAAGUUGGACACCAUUAUCACCGGUCACUUGACCCAAGAACAGAUCGAUGCCUACCAAAGAUACUUUCGUGUAGAAGAGAUUCUGCACUAUCUACGCUUGGGAGGAGGAAACAGAACCAGUUUGGUGGAUGUUUUACCUCUGAGCAGAGUGCAAAGCUUCAAGCGUGAUCCAUCUCCACCACCUCAGUACGAUCUGAGCGGUAAUAGAACAAACACUAGAGAAGCACGCAUCAGAGGUCAACUUGAGAAAGAAAGAGAUGUUUUGGUGGAGCUUGCAGCAACAACCAUUAAAAACUACGACCCUCCUGUGGAUUACCGCCGCCCAGAGAAGACAAGUGAAAAGCUCUAUAUUCCAAACAAAGAGUAUCCUGAUAUUAACUUUGUGGGUCUACUUCUAGGACCUAGAGGGAACACGCUACGUCAACUUGAGGAGAAGAGUGGAGCGAAACUAGCCAUCAGAGGAAAGGGCUCUGUGAAAGACGGAAAGAGUAUCACUGAUGGCAGAGGAGGCGCUCCAGUGGAAGACGACUUGCACGUAUUGAUCCUGGCAGACAAGACGGCAAAGAUCCAGAAAGCUAUAGAGUUGGCAAAUGAGGUGAUGGACAAGGCAAUUCUGUCACCAGUAGGACAAAAUGAUUUGAAGAGAGACCAGCUACGUGAGCUAGCGGUUCUCAAUGGUACUCUUCGAGAGACCAAGCCGUUUGUUCCUCCAGAAGUGCUUGGCCAGAGAAAACCUCCUAUGAAAGAUAUCACACUGGUUGUAUGUCGUUUUUGUGGAAAGGUAGGUCAUUACUCCAGAGAUUGUAAGUUGAGAAAUGGAGAGGGUGCAAAUUCUUCUCGCAGUUUCAAUAGCCCGAGCCUGGGUAUUCAGGAGGGAAGGGCUUCCUCUAGAGGUGAAACAGACUCCUACAGUCCAAGGGCCGAAAAGAGAGGCCGUGAAGAAGAGCUUCCUCCUUGGAAGCGUCAGAAACCGGCGACAAUAUCUCAAAUUGGUACUCAGCAACGAUCUACACCUCCUCCGCCUCCUCCCCCUGCCACAGUGUCCCAACCGCCUCCACCUCCUCCACCUCCUUCAGGUGCUAGUAUACCACCACCCCCACCACCAUCUGGAAAUCUUCCCCCACCUCCUCCUUCAAGCGAAGCAACCCUGUCAGCACUUCCCCCACCUCCACCUGCUCUUCAAUCAACCAAAACACCUCCUCCUCCACCUCCGUCCUAG